CUGUGGAAAUCACAUCGGGGCUGCCCAGGACGCCCGACCAGCCUGAUCCCAAACUUGUCGACAGGUGUCGGGGGAGAGGCACACAUCCAGCCCCACUCUUGGUCUCAGGCAGGAGGGAUACUGACUCAUCUCAGCAGAAACAAACUGCAGUGCGAUGGUGACCAGACUAAGUCCUCUGGGAAGGAUCCUGCUCUUGAUGGGGAUGCUUCUCGCCAUCUCCUUAUUCACUGUGGCAGAGGACCAGGGGCCCGAAAAGGGGGUCACUUUCAGCCAUGUUUACAAGAUUGGCACAGACUGCAAGGUGGGGUCUCAGGCCAUCCUUUCCACUGACCAGAACACUGACUCCCAGGGUGCCAUGCAGGAGUUGACUGUGAACGGAGAGAACGACGUCGUCUUCAAGCACAACAUCCGCUUGCAAACACCCUCGUGCAGCUGUGCCGACUCGGAGGACUUCAAGUCCCUACUCUACCGCGUCAACGGCUUAGAGGAGGAGGUGACCUUCCUGAAAGCCCAGUGUGCCCAGGGCUGCUGCAAAUCAGCAGGCAUGGACACGAGCUGCAGUGGCCAUGGCACGUUCCAGCACGACACGUGUAAAUGUCUGUGUAACCCGGGCUGGCAGGGUCCUGACUGCUCCGUGUCAACGUGUCCUGACGACUGCAACGACAACGGCCGCUGCGUGGACGGACGCUGCGUGUGCCACGCCGGCUACGGUGGGGACGACUGCAGCCAGCUCCUCUGCCCCGACAACUGCAACGACAAGGGCCACUGUGUGGACGGCAAGUGCGUCUGCUUCUCACAUUUCACAGGGGAGGACUGCAGUGUCCAGCGGUGCCUCAACGACUGCGUCGGAAAUGGCCGUUGUGUGGAUGGACGCUGCAUCUGCGAUGAGGGAUUCUUUGGCGACGACUGCUCCAUGGUGAUGGGUCCCAAAGAGCUGCGUCUGCUGGAGGCCACCGAGAUGUCUCUGCUGGUGGAAUGGGACUUCGUCAGAGGAGCCGAGUACUAUGUGCUGACUUACCACCCAGAGGGCGACGAGGGGGCGCUCAUCACCGUCAAUGUCCCCAACACAGAGAACUCCUAUUUAAUCACUGGCCUUGUCCCGGGGCUCACCUACGUUGUACAGGUGUAUGCUGUUAUCAAGGAGAUCAACAGUGAAUCUGUCAGUCUAGAGGCCGCUACAGAGCUGUCUUCUGUUAGCGGCAUCCGUGUGUUGGGUCAGACAGAGGACUCCAUCCAGGUGGACUGGAAGAACCCCGACAUAGAGUUGGAUCAUUUCCGACUAACCCAUGCCAGUCCGGACGGAGAAGAAGGGACAGAGACUGUGGCCAUGAGUGCAGAGGCCAGAACCAAGCACACCAUCGUGGGUCUGCUCCCUGGCACUGAGUAUCUGAUAACAGUACAGACUAUCAAAGGAACGUCAGAGGGCAAGGCAUCAUCCGUUACUGGACACACAGACAUUGACUCCCCAUCCAACCUGAUGACGAGAGAAGUGACCGAGAGCACCGCGACUGUGACAUGGGACCGAGUGCAGUCGGAGAUCGAUGGCUACAAGCUGAGCUACGUCUCAGCCGAAGGCUCCAGCCAGGAGAUCUCUGUCAGCGCGGACACCACCACCCACCAGCUGACCGGCCUCAGACCGGGAGUCAUCUACACCGUCUACAUCUGGGCCAUCAAGGGCUCUCGUUCUAGCAGGAAGAGCUCCACUGAGGCCGAGACAGACAUAGAUGCCCCUACUAACCUCUUGACCAGAGAGGUGACGGAGAAUUCAGCGCUGGUAUCGUGGGACCGGGUACAAGCAGAGAUCGAUGGCUACAUGCUGAGCUACACCUCAGCUGAUGGAUCUAGCCAGGAGAUCUCUGUCGGGGCAGACACCACCACCUAUCAGCUGACCGGCCUCAGUCCGGGAGUCAUCUACACCGUCUACGUCUGGGCCAUCAAGGGCUCUCGCUCCAGCAGGAAGAGCUCCACCGAGGCCGAGACAGACAUAGAUGCCCCUACUAACCUCUUGACCAGAGAGGUGACGGAGAAUUCAGCGCUGGUAUCGUGGGACCGGGUACAAGCAGAGAUCGAUGGCUACAUGCUGAGCUACACCUCAGCUGAUGGAUCCAGCCAGGAGAUCUCUGUGGGGGCAGACACCACCACCUAUCAGCUGACCGGCCUCAGUCCGGGAGUCAUCUACACCGUCUACGUCUGGGCCAUCAAGGGCUCUCGCUCCAGCAGGAAGAGCUUCACCGAGGCCGAGACAGACAUAGAUGCCCCUACUAACCUCUUGACCAGAGAGGUGACGGAGAAUUCAGCGCUGGUAUCGUGGGACCGGCUGCAGGCAGAGAUCGAUGGCUACAUGCUGAGCUACACCUCAGCUGAUGGAUCCAGCCAGGAGAUCUCUGUCGGGGCAGACACCACCACCUAUCAGCUGACCGGCCUCAGUCCGGGAGUUAUCUACACCGUCUACGUUUGGGCCAUCAAGGGCUCUCGUUCUAGCAGGAAGAGCUUCACCGAGGCUGAGACAGACAUAGAUGCCCCUACUAACCUCUUGACCAGAGAGGUGACUGAGUAUUCAGCGCUGGUAUCGUGGGACCGGGUACAAGCAGAUGUCGAUGGCUACAUGCUGAGCUACACCUCAGCUGAUGGAUCUAGCCAGGAGAUCUCUGUCGGGGCAGACACCACCACCUAUCAGCUGACCGGCCUCAGUCCGGGAGUUAUCUACACCGUCUACGUCUGGGCCAUCAAGGGCUCUCGCUCUAGCAGGAAGACUUCCACUGAGGCUGAGACAGACAUAGAUGCCCCUACUAACCUCUUGACCAGAGAGGUGACGGAGAAUUCAGCGCUGGUAUCGUGGGACCGGGUACAAGCAGAUGUCGAUGGCUACAUGCUGAGCUACACCUCAGCUGAUGGAUCCAGCCAGGAGAUCUCUGUCGGGGCAGACACCACCACCUAUCAGCUGACCGGCCUCAGUCCGGGAGUCAUCUACACCGUCUACGUCUGGGCCAUCAAGGGCUCUCGCUCCAGCAAGAAAAUCUCCACCGUGGCCGAGACAGAGAUUGACGCACCCAGAAACCUGCGGGCCACCGACAUCCAGCUGGAGUCUGCAGCUCUGAGCUGGACCGCACCUCAGGCCGAUAUAGAUGGCUACAUCCUCACCUACAGGGCCGAGGAUGGAAGCAUGCAGACUGUUGAGAGGAAGCUGAAGAAGAGGGAGAACAAGUUUGCUCUGAGUGGCCUUCUGACAAGCAAGAAGUAUAUAGUCACUCUGAUUGCCUACCGCGGAGCCAAGAGAAGCAGACUGGUGGAGACUACUUUCAACACAGUGGGUUUGGCCUACCCAUUCCCUAUGGACUGUCUCCAGCACAUGAAGAAUGGCAACCUGACCAAUGGUGUGUAUACCAUCUACAUCAACAACGACCGCAGCAGGCCCAUCCAGGUGUACUGUGACAUGACCACUGAUGGUGGUGGAUGGCUGGUGUUCCAGAGACGUAACAGCGGAAGGCUGGACUUCAUGAAGCGCUGGAGACAGUACAUUCAAGGAUUUGGUGAACUGACGGAUGAAUUCUGGCUCGGUCUGGACAAGAUCUAUGAGCUGACAAACACUCCAACUCAGUAUGAGUUGCGCUUUGACCUGGGCUUGGGUUCGGAGCGUGCCUACGCUGUGUACGACAACUUCAAGAUUGCACCUGUUAAGCAGAAGUUUACUCUCACCGUUGGCAAUUACAGAGGAAAUGCAGGUGACGCCAUGACCUACCAUCAGGGAAGGAACUUUACCACUGUGGACAAUGACAAUGACAUUGCCCUAAGUAACUGUGCUCUGAUGCACCGUGGGGCCUGGUGGUACAAAAACUGCCAUCUGGCUAACCUCAAUGGCAAGAUUGGAGACAACAGGCACAGUAUGGGAAUGAACUGGGAGCCAUGGAAGGGUCACCUCAUGUCUCUGGACUUCAGUGAGAUUAAGAUCCGUCCAGUGGGUGCGUUCAGUCGGAAGAGGAGGUCACUGAUGGCCAAGGAGAAGAAGAGGCUGGCUAAGACUAAAUGAGUAAAACAGACGAGAAGGCAAAGCCCAAGAACACCAACAUACACACUUACCCUCGUUCAAUACAAGAGACGGAGAUGAGGCCAUGGGGAGUCGGUAACUCUUCACAAUACUGUAGAACCUUACCUUGUCUUGAACCCUAUGCAUCCAUAUUUUAAAAUAGGAUUUUUGUAUCAUAAUUCUUUAUUUUAUAUAAAUAGAUUUACUAUGACAAAUUGUAUUUUGUAACACAGGGCAAAAGGGGCAUUCCAAAAUACGGAGUAUGCUGUUCUUUCAAUGUCUGUCUACAUUACACAUUCAGAUUACACAACAUUGUUGUUAAUUACUGUAGCACAAGUACUCAUUACUUCUUAAACUGCUCAUUUUUUAAACUGCUAAUUUCAUAUUUGUUACAUACUGUAGACGGCUGAUACUGUAUGGGAAAUAGUCUUGGCUAUAUCAUUGGCUUGUUUUGUUCCAAAUCUUUUCACCAGCAUCAACUGUCCUCUGCUUUACGUCUGAUUAUUUGUUUUCCACAUCGCCUGCCCACUCCACAUGCGGGCGGCUUGUGUUAGAGAAUGUUGUAUGAUAUAAUGUAAACCUAUGAUUGUACGUUCCAGUGUGUACUGUAGUUGUACUAUAUUUGUGCCACGAGUCUGUGUCACACUAUUUCACAGAUAAUUAAAGUGUCCUGAAAUGGACCGCA